UAAGUGAAAUGGUGGGGUAAAGCGAAAUAGCACGUUUUCAUAUUCUUCCGCAAACGGAGUCGCCGCACUGUGUGUUUACAAUUCAGUCUUCAGUCAAUGUUUAGAAGUAGUACGUGCUUAUCGACCACUUUGUUGCCGUCGUCUGUGGGUGUUAUUGAAAAUAUCACUGUUUAUACAUUUUUGGUCCACAAUUAGUAAUAUCUGCAGGUGUAAAAUGCGAAAUUAGAAACGAAAAACGACCCAACAACAAUGGUCUGUGGAGUCAAUGAAAGCUGCAAUCAGGUCUGUGCGAACGGGUGUCCUUAGCCAAAAUCAAGCUGCUAGGCAAUACGAAAUUCCUGUUGCUACGUUAAAUCGGAGAAUCAAAUCCGGAAAAAAUGAGGAAGAAGCGUCAAGAAAGAGCUAGGCCGAUUUCAAACCGUGUAUUCAGUCCGGAACAGGAAAAAGCAUUAGUUGACCACCUUAUUGGUAUGGAUAAGUUAUUUUUUGGUCUUUCUUAUUUAGAACUGAGAAGUUUAGCUUUCCAGUAUGCAGAAAUUAAUAAAACUCCAAACAACUUUCAUAAACAAAACUGUUUAGCUGGUAAAGACUGGUUGUACCUAUUUUUAAAAAGGCAUCCCCAACUGACAUUGAGAACACCAGAAAACACAUCAGCAGCUAGAGCUUCUGGCUUUAAUAAAGUUUCUGUCGACACAUUUUUUGCUCUAUUGGCUGAACUUCAAGAUAAAUAUGCAUUUUCUGCCAGCAGAACCUACAACUGUAAUGAAACUGGUAUAACUACUGUCCCAAAUAAGCCAACAAAAAUUAUAUCUGUAAAGGGUAAAAAUCAGGUGGGAAACUUGACAUCUGGUGAGAGAGGCACUCUACAGCCGAAAUUUGUGUUAGUGCUGCAGGUCACUACGUUUCACCUCUUAUUAUUCCUCGUCAGAGAUGAAAUCCUAUUUACGAAAUAAACUUGCCUCCAGGAAGUAUUGUCACUUUUCAUAAAUCUGGAUGGAUGCAGACAGAAAUAAUAAGCAAAAUAUCUGGUUCCCCCAUUUUCUGAAACACACACAUCCAACUGAAAAUGAUCCUGUACUCCUAAUAUUAGAUGGGCACUCAACACACGUACAACAUUUGGCUUUAGUUGAAACAGCAAGAACACCAUGUUCACAUUUUAGUAAUUCCUCCACAUACGUCACACAAGCUACAGCCACUUGACGUAAGUUUCAUGUAUCCUUUAAGCAAUUAUUAUACUCAAGAGGUUGGAAACUGGCAGAGAAACAAAUCGAAUAAACUUAUUGAAUUACAAGAUGUAGGCCAAAUAUUUGGUAAAGCUUAUGCAAGGGCAGCCACACUCUCAAAUGCAGAAAAUGGUUUUAAGUCAGCUAUAUUGUAGGUUUUUUAAAUUUUAAUGAUAAUUCACUACA